AUGUCUUCUCCCGGGGCCACCUCCAACCCUUUGAACGCUCUGGCGCCCAAAAGGAAAACCAAGAAGAAACACUUUGUGCAGCAGAAAGUGGAGGUUUUCCGAGGCAGUGACCCCGUGUUGAGCGUGCUGAUGUGGGGAGUCAAUCACUCGAUUAAUGACCUGAGCCAUGUGCCUGUACCUGUCAUGCUGCUUCCAGAUGACUUUAAAGCCAGCACCAAGAUCAAAGUCAGCAACCACCUCUUCAACAAAGAGAAUCUUCCAGGACAGUUCAAAUUCAAAGACUACUGUCCACAGGUGUUCAGAAACCUGCGAGAGCGGUUUGGAAUUGAGGACCAAGAUUACCAAGUGUCUCUGGCCCGCAGUCCUCCACUAAAAUAUGAAGAGGGGCAAGGCACGAAGCUGGUGCUGACAUCAUAUGACCACACUUUGGUAGUAAAAGAAAUCUCCAGUGAGGAAGUGGAGGGGAUGCACAACAUCCUUUCUGAGUAUCACCAGCAUAUUGUCACCUGCCACGGCAGUACGCUGCUCCCUCAGUUCCUGGCGAUGUACAGAGUUUCUGUGGAGAGCGAGGACACAUACCUAUUGGUUAUGAGAAACAUGUAGCACAGACUGCACAUACACAGGAAGUAUGACCUCAAGGGAUCCCUGGUUGUCCGUGGAGCAAGUUUUAAAGAGAAGGUGAAGGAGCUGCCCACGUAUAAAGAUGUAGACUUCAGGAAUAACAUGCAAAAAGUUUAUGUAAGCGACGAUGAGAAGGAAAAGAUCGUGGAUAAGCUGAACAGAGAUAUCGAGUUUCUAGUGCGUAUGAGGAUCAUGGAAUACAGCCUGCUGCUGGGCAUCCAUGAUGUUGAGCGGGCUGAGAGGGAGGAGGAGGAGGAGGAGAUGGAGUCGUCCUAUGAAGAGGAAGAGGAGGAUGAAAACACCUUGGCUCCCGCUCCACGAUUCACCUCACCUGAGGGUAUUGGUGGCUACAUGAACUCUUUCAAACCCAUGGGUCCUGGAGAAUUUGACCCUUACGUGGAUGUGUACGCUAUUCAGAGUGCUGUCGGUGCACCCCAGAGGGAGGUGUAUUUUAUGGGUCUGAUUGACGUGCUGACACAAUACGACACCAAGAAGAAAGCUGCUCAUGCUGCCAAGGCUGUCAAACACGGGGCAGGAGCAGAAAUCUCAACCGUUCAUCCAGAGCAGUACGCCAAACGUUUCCGGGAGUUCACCACAAAGAUCUUUGCCUAGUUCAAUGAUUCAGUCCCAUCAUCAUUUAAUACAAGAUGAGUCUCUCGAUGCAAUACUGAUGUCAUCUCAAACCUAGAAGCACUUCAAAUGUACUGUUAAUCUCUAAAAGUGCAUUCAUCGUUCAUGACAUGAUGUACUGCACGAUGGACAGUGCAUUUAUUUUGAAUUAAUAACUGGAAUUUGCAGACAGGAGAAAAACUAUUGUUGAUGGGUUUUCUUUUGUUUUCACUUGUUUUCAG